UCGAAGAAAUCAUUGAUUACUUGCCUUUUAUUAACUUGGUUUUUGGACCUCCUCGAAAAUAUCAGCAAAAUGACAGAAGCGGAAAUUUGCAAACUAUGCAAGGAUAACCGAGCAAUUGAGAUCGAUCUCGAGAAGCCCAAAUUCAAAUCGGCCAAUAAACUGCUGCAAAGACUUUUCGAUUGGUACAAAAUUGAUGCUGCUAUCCUGGGGGAAAAUUACUGCAUUUGCGAGCCCUGCUUUGGAGAGACUUUGCGCAUAAGCGAAUCCCUGGAGAAGUGGGGCACGGCCCAGGACGAGUUUCACCGGAGGCCCAUCGAAAUAGACGACUCCACUGCAUUUCAGAUCAAGUUGGAGGUGACAUCAAACAAAGAAGAGGUAGAAACGGAAAAGAAUGAUGAGGAGAAUUCUUUCGAUCAGCAUAUCGCGGAGCCAGUGAAGGAAGAUCCAUUGGAAAAAAACGAGCAUAUGGAGAUCGUAGUCGAAGAAUCUUUGAAAACCGCGUCCGUGGAUUUCUUCAGCGUGGGAUUGUCACGCGAUGGCUUGGCAGUCACCAAGUUCUUCAAGGACAAGACCCAAGCCACUCGGAUGCUGUGCACCUGUUGCGGCCAUGUGCUCGAAAUCCUGACCCACAUACGCAUGCAUUCUUGUAAACCCCGCCCGAAUCCGGUCUACUAUUGCCGCGAUUGUGGUUCAGAGUUCCACAAACUACACGAACUACAUGAGCACAUGAAGACGAUGAAACACAACAAGACCAUGUGCGGCGCAAAGGAUUUGGAAUUUCUGUGCCUCAGAUGCAACCAGAUAUUCCCACGCUAUUUCGACGUUAUCCGCCACGAGAACAGCGUUCACAAUGUAUCCGAUUUCAUCUGCGUGGAGUGCAACAUGUCCUUCGCUAACCAAGGAUCCUACAGGAGGCACACGAGGAGCCAUAAAGUCAAAUUCACGCAGCAGCGAUUUUAUGAGUGCCCAUAUAAGGACUGCACCUCAAGUUAUCGAGUGUGGGCGCGCUUAAUGUCGCACAUGAGUUCCCACGGCCUCUUUUCUGGAUUCAAAAGCAAAGUGCCGUCUACCCAACAGGAACGACGUCUUCUGGAGGGCAAGUUUAUGACGCUGGACCCCAUGAAACGGGUUGAACCCGAUCGCCGAAAGUUGCCAUACCGCAAGAAAAGCUUUUACGCUAAGGCAGAUUUCCCGGAAUCCCCGACGAAAUGUACCAACGGAGGAGAGUUCAUCAGCCUGCCCAAGAAAAUUUCCCUGCAGAAGGGAAAAUACAUCAAUCUUUCGGACAAUUCAAGACCUUAGUUACCAACUAGGCUAGCAAAUAAUGGUAAUCUUGAAAACUGAUUAAAUUGUAUAAAUUAAUAUUUCCACUACUGUGUGUAUAUUAUUAAUUCUUAGAUAGCCAAUUUUAGUAUAACUUUUUUGUUAUUAAGAAAUUUACCCCCGCGUUGUAUUCUUUACAAUUGUGAAAAAAGGCGGAUAAAACAUACUUCCGUUUUAUAAUUUCUCUUCGUGGAUAAACGUUGAGAUGAAGUGUUUUUAAACCCAAUAGAAAUAAACAAUCAGUUUUAAAACUUGGUACAUC